AUGAAGUUUCUUAUUGUCUCUCUCCCAUUCCUCGCCACAUUGGCAUCGGCCUUUAUUCCCGCGGAUCCUGAGGACAGCGUGGAGACCGCCACCCCUACUCCUUUUGGCCAAAGUCUGAUAGCCGGUCCUUCGUUCAACUGCAAAGGAUCGAGCCAAUGUGGCCAUUUCCCAGGCAUGACUGGAUACUGCCAAAAAGCUGUUGAUACUAUGCUUCCAGGUCUAGUCUUCGACACCAACGGUGGCCGUACGGGCAACUGCUGGGGUGCACCUGACGGUCUUAGAUGCGGUGUCUUUGUUGCGGGGCCUGGAGGGUGCACUAGAACCACCGAGCAGAUGAAAGCAGCAUUCAACAACAUUAGGGCCCAUGACUGUAAGAUAUGCGGCACUGUUACGGACGAUGAUAAUGGCAACGACAAUUGUCAGAUCAAAAUUGACUACGUCACGGGAUGCAACAACCACAAUUAA